CUCAUGCCUCUCCGGCGCCAUCUGGUGGCCUCCCUGGGGAACACCCUGAACAAAUCUCUCUGACGUCACUUCCAUAGCGAGUCGCGCGGGAUUGUGCUAACUGCUGCUAACCAGUUGACAGCGGAGCGCAAUUCCCGACUCCCGAGUCUUAGAACCCACUUCGGUUCUGUCAGGGAACCCGGAGCUUUCCAGGAGUUCCCGAGGGUUCUCCUCAUAGAUGGAGCACCUCUAACAGGAGCUGGGUCUCCGUUGCUCCUCGAUCACGGAAGGCUGCCGGCUGUUGACACCCUUCAGCUCGGAUGUGUUUGUUGUUAGCGAGCCUCGCUGCCCGCUGCUAGAACUUGGAAGUUUUUUUUUUUUGUUUGUUUUGUUUUUAGUUCUAUUUUUUUUAAUCUAUUUAAUUUUUUUUUUGAGGAAGUUUUCCUCUGGUAUGCUCGCUCGGCCCGCCCUCAGCCUCCAGGAGCCAUGAAGCUGCAGUGUGAGGUGGAGGUGGUCAACCGGAUGCUGCCCUCGUUCGGGAUGAAAAGUCGGGGAAAGGGGGCCAGGGCGGUGGUGUCCAUCGGGAAGCACUCGGACAAGUCGGGUCAGCGCAGCGGCGUCUACAUGAUGAUCUGCACGGCCAAAGACAGAACCGGGUCAAAGUAUAAGCUGAGAGACAACAUAGAGAAGUUCUUCACGUGGUUUGUGGAGGAGGGUAAAGCAACUGUGAGGCUAAAGGAGCCAGCUGUUGACGUGUGUCUAAGCAAGGCCGAUGCAAACAGCUUGAAGAACUUCCUGUCGGCCGCUCGUUUGGCCGACCGGGGCAGCGACACCAGCAGCCUCCCUCUGUCCACGCUGACGCCGGUCCGGGCCAGAGAUGUGGAGCAGCCCAAGAAGAAGCUUGCAGUCAUGUCCAAGAAGGAUUACCCUCUCACCUCUAACUUCCCUUAUUCUCUGGAGCAGCUGCAGGUCUCCUACUGCAAACUGUCCCGGGUGGACAUGCGCAUGCUGUCCCUCAAAGCUCUCCGCAGGCUGGACCUGAGCAACAACCACAUAAAGAAACUCCCCGCCACCAUCGGCGACCUCAGCCGCCUCUCAGAGCUCGUCCUCCACAACAACCACCUGGAGGCGUUCAGCGAGGCCCUGUGCCUGUCCACGCUGCAGCGCACCCUCCAGGUCCUGGACCUCAGCCAGAACCGGCUGCGCUCCCUGCCCCCCAAGUUCUGCCAGCUCAGGGAGCUGACCGACCUCAAGCUGGACGACAACAAGCUGGCGGGCCUCCCGCUCCGAAUCGGCCGGCUCUCCAAGCUCAGGUUCCUGUCCGCCGCGCACAACCAGCUGGCCGUUCUGCCCGCAGACUUCUUCAAGCUGAGCCUGGAGAACCUGGACCUGUUUGGGAAUCCCUUCGUCCAGCCCAACCCUCUGGACCACACCAUGCAGCUCGCCUUCCCCCUCCCGCUACAGGAGAUCGCCUCCAGGGCCGUAGCUGAUCUCAGAAUCCCUUACGGACCUCACCUCAUCCCCGCCCACCUGUGCGGAGACCUCGACGCGGCCAAGACGUGCGAGUGCGGGCGCGCCUGCGUCGGCUUCCACGUCAGGACGGCGGUGAGCAUGAACCUGCACCAGGUGUCGCACACGGUGGUGCUGGUGGACGACAUGGGCGGCACGGACGCGCCGGUGCAGCAGCACUUCUGCUCCCUCUCCUGCUACUCCGAGUUUUUAGACAGCUGUCUGCAGCGAGGCCUGAGAUGAGACGACGCCGCCGCCGCGCGCCGCUUUUGUCUUUGGGGCAUUUUUAAAGAAUGUUACACAAGCUGCAACGGGGGGGGGGGGAAAGUCUGAAGGCCGUUAAGAGCGGCCGGGCGAGUUGGAAGCCACGACUAUCCUAAUAUAGAUGACAGUUCGUGCUCUCUGCUCUGUUUUAUUUUAAACAGGGCGUCUUUCGGACGGUUUAACACCUUCAUUGACCAUCAGAACUGCUCCGUUUGCGUCAUAGUAGCAACAC